UAUUACUAUCAAAAGACGGGUAACAUAACAUAACCUCCUUUUUUAAAUACUCUCACAUGAAAAAUCAAAACAAAUCCUUUUAUUCCAAAAUCCUUCAUUAAUUAACUUCCUCUCUCGCGCCUCUCUCUCUCUUCAUCUCAAAAUUCUCCAUUCUCUCUGUCUCGGAUCUUUUAAGAAUUUUAAAUCAAAGAAGAUGACUAGAGGAGGAGCUACCGUUGAACUUGACUUCCUCGGUGUUGAGAAGAAGCAAACCACCAACAACGUCGCUCCUAAGCCUAGGUUUCAGAAAUUUCUCGAUCGCCGUCGUAGUUUCCGAGAAAUGCAAGGAGCGAUUUCAAAGAUAGAUCCGGAGAUAAUAAAAUCUUUGUUAGCUUCCGGUGGUGGUGGUACUGGUACUGAGUCUCCUUCUGUUCCGUCUACUCCGAGAGAACAUCAACUUCAGAUCCCGAUUUCUCCGGUCCACGCGUCUCUCGCCAGGCAAAGUACGGAAGCUGUCUCUGGAACCGUACCUAUGACUAUUUUUUACAGUGGAGCCGUAUCUGUUUACCAAGUGUCUCGUAACAAGGCUGAGGAGAUUAUGAAGGUCGCUAAGGACACAGCGGUUUCGAAGAAGGACGAAUCAUCGACGGAGACUCAUCUUUCGGUAAUUACUCCGACCACUCUAAGACCAAAGCUCUUUGGCCAGAAUCUAGAAGGAGAUCUUCCCAUCGCAAGGAGAAAGUCAUUGCAAAGGUUUCUAGAGAAGCGCAAGGAGAGGUAAUUUAUUCUCCAACAAUCCAAGGAUUACUUAUUACAUCAAGAGUAGUAUCGACAUCUCCUUACUAUCAUCCGACAUCGGCCUAAAACGUUCUUCUUUUUUAGAUUGGGACAUGGACCAAAUUUGUCUCUUUCACCACUCUCCAAGACAUCCAUGUUCCUUUUGCAUUUGGCUUCUUCCCAAUCUCUUUGAAAUCGAUGGCCUCUCUUCGUCGUUGCUUCUGCGUAUACUGUUUCCACGACACGUUUUUUAGGAGAUUACGUUACCUACUACUAAGAUUAUAUAUAUAUAUAUAUAUAUUGUUUUUUAAAAUGUUUGUUAUCUUUAAUGUCUCAUUGAUACUUUUGAUUAAUUAAGCAGCUCUAUUCUAUAUCGUGUCA